GCACAGCAAUGCUGAAAGCCCUUUGAGGAGUUGCAGAGUUUACCUGCAGGGCAAGUGGAUCUUUGAUGUGGACGUGGGCCGUGUCACUUUAAAAACCCCAGAGACUUCACUCUGGGUUUAGCCGCCUGUCGGGACAGUUGUGGACUUUUGAAAAGGGGAGCUUUGGAUUACAGCACAAACCUGUGUGUACUGAGCUUUGUUCUGACCUUUCUGGUUCUUGGAUGUGUGGACUCGAGGGGACAAUGUCCACGAUGUCCAGUGAAGGUGAUGUUGGAGGUCAGCCUUCCACAACAACAAUCACCACUGUGGCCGUACAGGCUGGAACUUCCCAGAUUGUUGUAGCAGUACUCAAGUGUGGCGAGCUGGUGCAUCUACAGCUGACAGAAGCACAACCCAACCUUCUGGAGAUUGGAAACAACCAGGAUGAAACCAAAAAGCUUCUAGAGGAACAUGAGCAGCUCCUUGCUAAACUUAAGAAAAAUGAAGGAGGCGUAUGGGCUUUGCUGGAGGAGGCUGAUAAAACAGCAGCUCAGAAGGAAGGAGAGGAGCUGGUUUAUGAGGCCAUGGCUGUCUCUCUCAGUGAGGCUUGGAAAACACUGGUGGCCCACCUGGAGAAGAGGAGAUCACUCCUGAUCUUGGCCUGCCAUUUUUUUGAGUGUGCUCUGGAGGUAACACAGUGGUUUAAGGAAAAGGCUACUUUGUUCUUGGAAAACAGUCAUCUGGGUUCAUCUCUGUCAGAAAAUGAGGACUUACUACGUGAAUACAAAGAGUUUGAACAGAAAUCCAAGGACUGGGGUGUGCUGGUUGAGAGGUUAAUACAGCAGGCGUCAGAUCUGCUUUCCUCGAAUGAGUGCACACAACUUCAACGCUUGUCAGAGAAGAGUGAAAAACUCAAAGCUACACACGAGCAGUUCUGGAGCCUCAUGAUGAAUCGUCUGGCUCAUCUGCAGGAGAGCAAUGGCUUUUACAGCAGUGCUAAUAAAGCAUUUGAGGUGCUGGGCACCAUAGAGAUUGCUAUAAAAGAACUGAAGAAUCAACCUCUGCCAUUACCUGAACUGGCCAGGAAACAUGAUGAGUAUUCACGGAGUAUAAAAGACGCAUCUGUCGAGCCUCUUCAGAGAGGUCAGCUGUUACUUCAGAAGCUCCACCCACAAAGUGCCCAAGUUGGAGGGCUGCAAAGGAUGCUGGGAUACAUCAAAGAGAGAAUCGAUGCUCUGAGCCAUGAGUGUCACGCCCACAGAAAGUUAACAGGCAAACGGCAGCAGCUGUUGUCUUCAUUUGAAGAACUGGUGGAUAAGAUCUCUGCAUGGAUUAAGAGCAGCAACAGUGUCCUCUCUUCCAGCACAGAGCCUGGUUCAUCUCUAACUGAGGCUGAGGACACCCUUAACAAGCAUGUUGAGCUACUCUCACAGUCUCAGGAUGCUGUGAGAGAAUCAGAAGCUAUAGCUGGUUUCAUAAAGGAACUAAAGGGGCUGGAAUCCUCAGAUGCAGUUGAGUUGUCUAACAAAGCUUCACUUUUGGCAGAGGAGAUGAAAACACUGCUCAGAAACAUUUCAUCUCAUGUGGAAAGCCUUAGACCCUACAUGGACUUUCUGCGCAGUGCAGAUGAGGUUGAGGAACAGAUAAGGACGCUUGAGGAAUGCUAUAAGAAUAGGCCAGAGGAAAAUGAAGGAGCAGGUGCAACCAUGAAGGAUAUGUUGGAUGCUAAGUGGCAGUCAUUGCUGCAGAAGUUUUUCACCAUGCAGGACCUGGGCAACAAUUUUAUUAACUCCUCUAACAUGAUCAGUAGCAACCUGAAUCUAAACAUUAAAGCAGCAGGGCAUGUUGUAGAAAAAUAUAUGGACACACUGACCAAAAAGAAGUCUGAACUAGCAGACUUAUGGUCGUCCUGGCAACUGCAUUAUAGUCAGAUGAAAUCUGUGAAGAAGCAGUGGAAAAAAUUUAAGGAUAAACUUAAAAAGGUUCUUCAUGAUUUAAAGGCAAUGGAGGAGAUUUUUGCUCCAGCUUCAAAGGUUGAUUUGGGGGGUGAUUCUCAGUCUGUGUCUAAACUACAGGAUAACUUCAAUGCUGUAAAGCCAGAAUUCCUGCAACUGAAUGCAGAAGUGGAAUUCCUGGUUAAGACAUCCGAGCUGCUUGGCUUGAAGGGAAUACCGGUGAAAGAGAAGAACGAGAGAGUUUCUGAGCUCCUGCAGCUACAUCAGCGUGUCAGAGAUAAAAUCACAGAGUAUGAAACCGUUCUCAGUAUGGCCAGUAAAUUUCAUCAGCUUUAUCAAGAGCUGGUCACUGUAUUACAUGCAGAACCAGUGACUGUGUACAGUGACACCAGCCAGGCCAGGACUCAGUUGACUCAGCACCAAGAGAGGCAGAGGCACUUCCACUAUCUGUACAAGCUCGCCCUCUCGCUGGGUGCAGAUCUCACCAGCACUGUGCAACACUCGCGUCUGCUGGUGUUGUCAGUGCAGCAGUUAAAGGAGAAACUGGACAAAUUGGAAAGAGGAAGCGUUGAAUGGAUUGCUGAGGCCAACAAGUGUGAAGAGAGUUUGAUGAGCAUUGUCCACUUCUGCCUUUAUAAGGAAGAUAUUGGUGAGAUGAGAGAGUCCUUCAGAGAUCUCAAAAAGAAAUUCAACAAUUUGAAAUUCAACUACAUGAAGAAAAACGAGAAGUCGAGAAACUUAAAGGCGGUGAAAAAUCAGAUCCAGCAAAUUGAGAUUUACAUUGAAAAGCUACAGGUUUUGAAGAAGAAGCUGCAAGCCUUCACUCUGAAAGUAUCCAGCAGCAGUGAGAGCCAUUUAAUUGGCAACAGCCUCAGAGAGAUUGAGGAUGCCUUAAAUGCGCUGCAGAGACAAGUGGGCGAUUUUGACAGGGCAGUGGAGGAGUACAAACAGAACCUGGACAUGAAUGUCAAGCUCCAGCAAGCCUUAGAGGAGUAUCAGUUCUGGUGCGACGAAGCAAGCUCCACAAUUGUACGUGUGGGUAAAUAUUCCUCUCAAUGUAAGACUAAGGAAGCAGUCAGCUCUCUCUACAAACAGUUUGAAAAAUUUGUGUGGCCCACAAUACCACAGCAAGAGGAGAGAAUUAGCCAGAUCACAGAGCUGGCAGUACGGCUACAUGGUGCUGAAGAAGGAAAGAAAUACAUGGAGAAAACAAUCAACAAACACCAUGAAAUUGUAGAAUCCAUAAAAGAACUAUCAAAUGGGCUGCUGGACCUUGAAGCCAAACUUCAGUUGGAGACUUUGAAGCAGUCGCUAACACCUGAAGACAACAACAAACGAGACACCAUUGAUACGCCUGAACCAAAGGAAAGUGGACAUACCCCUGAGAUGACAGGCCCACACUGUACUAAAGAGAUGCCUGUCGGCAAGAAUCCGGAAAACAAGAAACCUCAGCUUCGCAAAACACGAAGCCAAGAUCUGCCUGACAAACAUCAUCCAGAGCAUCAAAAAGUGCUGUCAGAGACCAGGUUGUACACACAGGAGGCCUUUUCAAAGACCAGCAAAGUGGAGACCAUCACGAGCAAAGCUACUAUAGAGAGGAGAGAAAAGAUUCACACCUCUUUCUCUCAUUCUCACACCAUUAAUGUAAGCCAUUCCCCUGCAGAGCGGGAGAAGAGGAGUCACCUUUUGCAGCAAACCAAGAGAGACUCACAAGAAACCCCACCUCCCCCACCUUCUCCUCCACCUCCGCGGGAUCCAGGCGUAUCACGUCCCAGCAUCAUAAACAUUCAAAGAGAGCUGCAGUGUGCUGUUCAGAAGACCAGCUCUGAGGACAAGUAUCAGGCCUGUAGUAGAAAUCAUCCUUUUCACUCAUAUUCCAAGACUUCUGCUCAUCAUUCUUUAGAGGAGGAAUAUUUGCCUCAUGGGACACCAGAGCCAGCAGCUACUGUACCUGAAGGUGACUUCCAGCCUGACCAUCUUACUGAGGAAUCGCUCUCCAAUGAUGAGUACGAAUGCACCUCCCCAGAUGACAUCUCCCUACCUCCUUUAUCUGAGACUCCAGAAUCCAACAUUAUUCAGUCAGAAAAUGACCUUGAUGACGGCUAUUGCGUGAGCUCUCACAGCCUUCACAUUAACCAGCACAGCCAUCAGUCCCACUCUCAGCAUGGCGACACGCUACACCAGAGGCAGCGGGAGUGGAUGUUGAGUCAGGCCGAGAGCUACCCAUCUCCCACCACUGGCCUGGCGGCUAGGUUCAGAGCAGAGUCGUCCUCUUUUGUUCAAAGCCCCCUCACAGUACCUGCCCCAAGCCUUGUGUCAAACACCAUAUCCAGCAUCUUAAAAAGCAAAUCUGGCAACCCACCACCAAGCAGCAUCACUGAAGCGCUUUACUCAUUGCAUGAGAAUCAUACCGAGAUGCAAAAGUGUGUGCAUGAUUCUAGUACGAGUCAGUGCCACAGCGCUCGGCCCAAUAACACGCAUGCUACCCCUACCCCAUUAACCACAGAGCAGGACUUGGAUCUCUGCAAGCCCACAGCCAUCCGAGAAGAGAUCAGGUGGGCAUCUUCCAAAAAGGUUAUGGGAAAACUGGCAGGUGGCACAAGCCCUAACUUCUCCAAACCCUUGCCUAAUGCCACAGUAAUGGAGGGCUCUCCGGUGACCCUGGAGGUGGAAGUCACUGGAUUCCCUGAGCCUACAUUAACCUGGUUCAAGAAUGGACACAAACUGGCCAAUGAUGAGCACAUAGAACUAUCCCAUAAAGAAGGCAAACAUGCGUUGUUCAUUCACAGCUCUGCAGUGAGAGACUCUGGGCAGUAUGUGGUCACUGCCUCUAAUUCAGCUGGCACUGUCACGUCCAGCUCCACGCUACAGGUCAAAGGUAACAGCAGCCCUGACUUAGAUGUUCUCAAGCUGGACUGGCACACCUGCUUUGGCACCCUCUGUUUCUUCUUGUGGCUUCUCUAUCUGCUGUUGUUAUAAUGGACACUGCCAUUAAUAUAAGGAAAACACAUGGAUGUGGACUUCACUUUUGAACUUUUUUCACGUCACAUAACCACUGGUGUGUGCAGAAUUAAGAGCACAUGGGUAGUUGAUAUGAAUCUUCAUCUAAAACUAUUCUAAACUAGCAGUUUAAUAAUUAUUUUAGAAUGCAAUUCAUUUAUAAUGCAUGCAGCUCUUAUGAUAUUGUUUGAAAGACUAUAUUUAAAUAUUUGUAGUUUUAAAAAUGAAUCUGUCACACUGUAGGACCUUUCAGUGAACUAGUGAAGGCAAAAAGAGUUUUGAAAUGGUGGUUAGGCACAGGACCUAAAUAUAUACUUUAUAUAUACAGUCUACAUUCAUAUAAAUUUCAACGUAAAAUUGUUGUUUAGUGUGUGUGUGUGUGUGUGUGUGUUUUACAUUGACACAGGCAUCAACUACCCACAGAUUUGUUCAUUUUGGCUAUGAACACUGAAAUCACUAUAAUAAUGUUUUGCAAUAUUCAAAUUCAGCAUGAACUGAAUUAUUUUGUAUUUUUCCUAUUAUAUUAUGGAAGUAGCAGUGGAUCUGCAUGCAGUUCCCUUUGUGAUGGUAAUGAAGCCUUGGUCUGCUCUGCCGGUAUUUAUAGUUGCAGUUCUGAAAUGUUCAGCAUUUUACAGUUAAAUUAUUUAUUUUUAAAGAGUUUGAGUGUUCUUUUUAAACAAACCCACUUCUAGAUCUAAAUGAAAUGGUCCAGAAGGGAAAAUUCAGGGAUAAUUUACUCUCUAAUCUAGAUG